AUGUCGUCAAUAAAAACGUUCAGUGAAAAUUUACUGGUUCCUUACGCAAGUUCUGGGAGAAGCCAUAAGUUGAUUGUGCUCCCUAAUGGUAUUUUGACACUUUUAAUAUCUGAUCCAGCUGAAGAUUUGGCUUCCGCCGCUUUAUGUGUUGCUGCUGGUGCUCAUAAUGAUCCAGAAGAUAUUCCUGGUUUGGCUCAUUUUUGCGAGCAUUUGAUUUUAUUAGGUUCAAAAGACUUUCCAAAUUCAAAUGAAUUUCAUGAUUGUAUCUCAAAAGCUGGUGGUCGACGCAAUGCUUUUACAACUGGUGAACAAACUUGUUUUUAUUUUGAAACACCUUCAGAUUCAACAUGGAAGUCCAAGAAUAGCUCAGUUGAAGAACCUGUUUUCAAUCACUUGUUAAAAGUGUUUGCCUCCUGUUUAAAAGCUCCAACUUUUGCUGAAAAUAUGUUUGAAAAGGAAAUCUAUGCUGUUGAUAAUGAACACACCUCUAAUAAGAAUUCAGGUGGUAGAUUGAUGUACCAUGGGACAAGACUUAUAUCAAACCAAGAGCAUCCAUUUCACAGAUUUGCUACGGGAAGCUUUUUCACUUUGAAUGACUUACCUAAGAUCAAAAAAUUGAAAGUCAAAGAUCAUCUACUGAGUUAUUACCAAGACAAUUUUGUCUCAGAAAAGAUGACUUUAGUCAUUAGAGGAUCACAAUCAAUCAAUUUGCUACAAAAGCUCGCGAUUUCUAACUUUGCUGAUAUAAGAUCUUCUACAGAAUUGUCUAAAAGGUCGAAAUUAAAACUUUUUUCAAAUAAAGCCAAAGAAUCAAUUGUUUCAAGCCCACAGAAUAUGAGAGAUUAUGAUAUCACAUCUGCUUGGAAUUAUGAGACCCAAGUUUUCACUCAAAAAGAGCAGAGUAAUUGCAUCCUGAUUGAAAAGGAUCAAACUCCAACACUUAGACUUUUAUUUCCGGUCCAUUCAGAUUCAAAUGAUUCCACAGGAUCAAAACAAACUUUGAUUUUCUUAAAAGCAUGGACUAAUAUUGUUGGUGAUGAAGGAGAAGGUUCCUUGGAUGCCUUUUUGAAGAAAACAGAUACAAUAACUAGUUUAAGUGCAUUCACACAACACUUAGCUAGAGAUAAUGAUAUGUUGGUUUUGGAAUUAAAAUUGACUAAUACAGGAGCUAAGAAAGUUGGUGAAAUUAUUGACCUUGUCUUUACAGAAUACCUUCCAAAAGUGUUUGAAGAUGGAGUGGAGCUAGGAAGAGUCUUGUCUGAAUUGGAAUCUAUUGACUUGUUGACUUAUUUGCAUCAGGACACUUAUAACUCACCAAUGGAAGAAUCAUCGGCUUAUGCACAAUCACUGCAAGGAAAUAUUUCAUCCUUGGGUCCUGAAAAUAUAUUGAAAGGUUCACCAAGUUUCACAGAAAUUAAGCAAGGUUUUUUUGAAUCUAAGAUUGGACAAGAUGAGUGGACAAAUAAAGGUCAAGCUUUCAAGAGCUUUGUGUCUACUUUUUUUGCCUUGAGAAACAUGAACAUGAUACUAUUAGCAGAUGGGAAAUUUACAAAGAAGGCAUCUGAGCUCCUCGGCUCUUCUACAGCUCUGGUUGAUGAAAAUUUUAACUUUCACUACACAAUUGGAAAACUUUCAUUUUCAUUUCCACGUUUCACUCAAAAUCCUGUGUUCCAUUUGGUGAAUAAAAACAUAUUCAUUCCUCCUGCUGCUUUGGAAUUAUCUUCUUUGAGAAAGCUGGCAAUAGAAGCUUCAAUCAAGUCAUCACAAUCCUCUCUUUCAUAUAAUACAAAGUCAUCAUGGUCUACAACAAAAGCUGCUCUGGUCCAAAAAGGUGAUUGUUAUGAAAUUUGGACAAAAUAUGAAACAUCCCAAAUCUUUUCUUCCCGUUUGGUUUUAUCAUUUGACAUAAUUUACACUUCUAUGGAAUCAACUGUGGAGAACACUAUGAAUGUUGAAAUUCUUUCAGAGAUUUUGAAAAUUAAAUUCGCUGAGAAACUUUAUGCAGCUGAACUAUUGGAUUAUACUUGGGAAAUCUUUGCUUCUUUGAAAGGUGAUUGUAGAAUUGGUUUUACAAUCAGUGGAUUUAGAGAUGGUGUUGAAGCACUUUUAUCAACUAUUGUUUCUGAGUUUAGACUUUUGAAGUUGGAUUCUGCUGUCAGCACAGAUGAGUUCAGAAAAAGUAGGGUUGCUGUCAGAUCAAGAUAUAGAGAACUUACCGAAGCACCAUCUGUUGUUUUGGCCAGUACUGGUUUGUUAGUUGUUAUGGAGGAAAAUAUUUGGAGUUUAGAAGAUCGGUUGGAUGCCUUGGAUGACAUUGAUGCCAAAUCUUUCAAACAAUUUAUUUCAGACUUUAGUGAAGGCUCCAAGUUUUUAAGGUUGUUUGUUCAAGGUGAUAUUCAAACUGUUGAUAAUCUUAGUGUUACUUUGAGCCAAAUCACUAAUCAUCUUGGUUCUCCAAGAGAUACAAAGUUUAAAGAACCAAGCACAGUUUUAUUAGCCCCUGGAAGCUCCUAUUUUAUUGAAAGAUCAUCAUCUGAAGGAGAUCCUAUGAAUUCAAUUUCAUAUUUCAUUCAAACUGGUCCUAGAGGUGAUAAAUAUAGUGAAAUAUUGACUAAGCUGUAUUCCUAUUUGAUGUCUUUGACUUUGGUUCCUGAUUUGAGAACUAAAAAACAGUUGGGCUACGUUGUUAUGGGUGGUCAGAGAAUUUUGAGAUCUACCAUAGGGUUACAUAUAACAGUUAUGAGUGCAGGUUUUACACCAAAAUAUCUAGAGCACAAAAUUAAUGAAUACCUUUUAUCAUGGGAGAAAUCAUUAGAAAACAUGAGUGAUUCUGAGUUUCAAGAGCAAAUCAUUAACCCUUAUUUAAAAAAUUUCAAGCAAACCUUGGAAUCAUCUGGUGGUCCUGAAAGUUUAACUGCUGAUUUACAAGCUAGUGUAAGUAGCUCCAACUUUUCAGAGGGUGGUGAAUCAAGUAAAUCACAUAGGCAUUUAAGAGAGCUGAUUUUUACCGGUGCCUAUGAUCCAACAAGCACUGAACAAGAUGAUAUCAACUUCAUGAGCAACUUGAAAAAAGAUGAAUUCAUGAAAUUUUUUCAACAAAGAAUUUCACCAAGCUCAAAGACUAGCUCAAAGAUUUCAAUCAUGUUGAAGAGUAGAAUGUCUUCAGAUGAAAUUCAACAACAGAUGAUGAGGCUCCAACUUGAAGCAUUUUUGAAAAUGCACGGGCUAAGAAUAUCUAGUGAUAAGCUGAAAGAGAUUGUUGAAAAGUCUGGAGGUAGUUCUGUUUCACUGCUAAAAGAUCUGUUCAAGUUUUUCAUGUCUCAAGGUGAAAGUUUUAAGCUUUGUACUGUGGUGCUGAAAGAAGUUGUCAAGCAGGUCUCAGAAGGUGUUAAGUCAUAUAGAAACUCGGCAGCCAAUUUACCAGAAAACUCACAGGAAGUGGAAGAAAGCACACAAAUCAAGGAUAUUGCUGAAUUUCAAAAAAGUAACAAAAUCUUUUACAGAUGA